UUUUUGCAGAGCCUAUUUUUCACAUCUGAUUUAAUUUCAUAGAACUUUCAUAGAAUAUUGCUACACUAAACAUCUUUGUCUGGAUAAUACCCCAGUACUCAGCUUUUAUUAGAAAAUGAAUGGCAUGCCACUGUGAUCAUUUUCUGUGACGACAGAGUAAAUUAUUAUGCAGCCUCAGAGGGGUGCCCAAACUUUUUCAUACGACUGUAUGUAUCAACCACAGAACUGACACUUACUAGCAGUUCCCACUCACUACCAGUCAGUUGACUCACUGUACAAGACCUCUCCCCUUCAGUCUACUGCAGGGUGGGAGAUGCAACAAUGGCCUUGAGAACAGCAGGAAGUGUGUUGGUGGUCUUUCUCUGGUCUGUAGCAGUGGUACUGGGUCAGUAUGGCUGGAGUGUGACUUACACCACUCAGAGUAUCUGUACUUUGGAGGGGUCAACAGUGGAGCUGUCCUGCUCUAUCAGAUAUCCCAGUGGUACAGUCACAUCAACCGUCUGGUUCACUAAAUGGGGGACUGGUGUAGAACCUGAAGAUCUAGGUCAGGACCCAGAGUAUGCAGGUCGUCUGGAGUAUCAUGGGGAUAAGAAGAAUGGUCACAACCUGACAAUCACAGACCUGAGAGAGAAAGACUCAGCUACGUACAAGUUCAGAUUUAUAACAGAUCAGACUGGAAGGAAAUAUACUGGUGAUCCUGGAGUCACUCUGUCUGUCACAGCUCUGCAGGUGAUGGUGACUCCACCACGGUGGGCAACGUCGAAGACACUGACCUGUAUCACCACCUGUACUCUGACUGACAACCCCACCUACAUCUGGUACAAGAAUGGACAACAUCUAGAUGAGAGCACCUCCCCCCAGUACAAAGACCCAGUCUCCAGUAACUAUGAGGACAGUUACUCCUGUGCUGUAAAAGGCCAUGAGGAUCUCCACUCUCCUGCAGUGUGUGUUCAGGAUCAGGACUGCAGCAGAGUAACUUACACCAAGAGGAGAAUCUGUGUCUUGAAGGGGUCAACAGUGGACAUAUCCUGUACUUAUGUUGGUUAUUAUUCCACCACAUCAACAUUCUGGUUUAGAAGUGAUAAGUCGACCCCUGAAGACCUAACCAGCGACCCAGGGUAUACAGGUCGUGUGAAGUACACUGGAACAUACAGAGGUCCCUUCAUCCUGAGAAUCACAGACCUGAGAGAGGAGGACUCAGCUGAGUAUCGCUUCACUUUUAAAACAUACAACUUUGAAUGGGGUCAUAGUUUCCCAGGAACAACUCUGUCUGUCACAGGUCUGCAGGUGAAGGUGACUCCUGCUGCAGAGGGACAGAAGACACUGACCUGUAUCACCACCUGUACUCUGACUGACAACCCCACCUACAUCUGGUACAGGAAUGGACAGAAUGUACAAGAUACCUCCUCUCCCAUGUACUCCAUCAGCAGUGAGGAUGCAGACAGUUACUCCUGUGCUGUAAAAGGCCGUGAGGGUCUCAGAUCUCCUGCAGUGUAUAAACCAAAGAAGACCUCAGUGUCAGUCAGUCCCUCUGGUGAAAUAGUGGAGGGCAGUUCAGUGACUCUGACCUGCAGCAGUGAUGCCAACCCACCUGUGGACAAAUACAUCUGGUACAAGAAGAAUGGAGCUUCACUGACAGGAUCUGAAAAGACAUACAAUUUCACCACCAUCAGCUCUGAGGACAGUGGAGAAUACUACUGUGAGGCUGAGAAUAAAUGUGGACGUCUCAACUCUUCUUCUGUGUCUGUAGACGUUCAGUAUGACCCAAAGAACACCUCAGUGUCAGUCAGUCCCUCUGGUGAAAUAGUGGAGGGCAGUUCAGUGACUCUGACCUGCAGCAGUGAUGCCAACCCACCUGUGGACAAAUACACCUGGUACUUUCAAAAUGAGACUUUUCUAAAUGGAUUUGGACAGAUGUACAACAUAAGUAAGUUCAAGUCUAAGGACAAUGGACAUUACCACUGUGAGGCCUGGAAUGGAAGAGGAUCUAGGAACUCUACAGCUCUGAUGAUCAUUUUACCAGAGAAACAAACAUCAGUUCUGAAUGCAGCUGUAGGAAUCAUAGUGGUUGUUCUGGUUCUCAUCCUCUGUAUCUCUGGCUUCAUGUGGUUCAGGAAGAAGUCCUCGAUAUCCACCUCUGACACAAGAGACACAGCAGAUGAUGAACAGGGAGACUCUAGUCCAGUGUAUGACAACAUCUCAGGCAUGGCCAUGACCCCUACUGCAGCACAGACAGCAGCCACAGACGACCAGGAUGAUGUUCACUACGCCAGCAUCCACUUUUCUCGCUCCAAAUACGAGGAAGUGCCUCUGUACUCCACCGUCCAGCUGCCUCAACCACAGAAACAGGAUGAGGAUGUCCAGUACGAUGCUGUGAAAUUCAACCUCCCCAGUGCUGCCAACCGACCCGUGGCGGCACAAGCAGUUGAGGAGGACCGCUCUGAGAUCUACAGUAGAAUCAACAAACCCAGAAGACCUGAACACAACAAAUUCUGGUGAUCCUGGAGUCACUUCUUCGUUCUAUGCACUGCUAUGACGACUGCAGGGUGGGAGAUGCAACAAUGGCCUUGAGAACAGCAGGAAGUGUGUUGGUGGUCUUUCUCUGGUCUGUAGCAGUGUUACUGGGUCAGUAUGGCUGAAGUGUGAUGUACACCACUCAGAGUAUCUGUACCUUGAAGGGGUCAACAGUGGAGCUGUCCUGCUCUUACACAUAUUCCAGAGGUUAUACAGUCACAAAAACCUUCUGGUUUACCAAACUUUAUACCGUGACUCUGAGUGAUGACCCAGACUACGUAGGUCAUGUGAAGUACCGUAGAGACAUAUAGAAUGGCCACACUCUGACAAUCAGAGACCUGAGAGAGAGAGACUCAGCUACGUAUAAGUUCAGAUUUAUAACAGAUCAGACCGUAGGGAAAUAUACUGGUGAUCCUGGAGUCACUCUGUCUGUAACAGGUACAGUAACAUUCUAUAUACUUGUGAUCCUGGAGU